GCAUAUUGCUGCCUAGUGACUCGUAGUGUGAAGCAAAUUCUGUUGAUCAUAGAUUCAGUUGCUCUGUAUUAAUCUAAAAAGACAGAGUUCCAAUGCUAUAUAAUCAUCCAGCUGCAGUGGAAUGAGAACAGAGCUAAGAACAACAUCCUACAAUUUCUUUACCUUACAUAAUUGUCUUAUACUGAAGAACGCCUUCCUGCCAAUAGCUUCACACUCAUGUCUGCCACUAUUCCAACUCAACGCCACGGUCUUCCUCUCUUGGCCACCCCCGAGACUUGUGCAGGGCGGACCUAUAUUGUGACCGGCGCCAACAGCGGACUGGGCUUGGAAGCAGCGAGGCACCUUGUCAAUGCUGGUGCUACAAAGGUAAUCCUCGCGGUGCGCAAUAUCACCGCCGGUGAGAAGGCGAAAGACGACAUCGAAACAUCUACAGGAAAGACCGGUGUGGCUGAGAUUUGGUCGCUCGAUCUUGCUAGCUAUGACUCUGUCAAGGCGUUUGCGCAGAGGGUAAAAACAAAGCUUGAUCGAAUUGAUGCUGUCAUUGAAAAUGCGGGCGUGGCAUUGUCGCAGCGGGUAGAGGCGGAGGGCCAUGUCUUACCUGUCACUGUUAAUGUGCUAAGCACGCUUCUCCUUGCGGUGCUCAUCUUGCCAAAGAUGAGAGACAGUGCCCGCCGCCACGGAACUAUACAUCGCCUGGUGUUCGUUACCAGUGUUACUGGGUUCGAUUGCCAGGAAGCAUGGAGGAAUAUUCAUGAAGCACCACUGGCUAAGAUGGAUUCCGAGGAUAUGAACAUGAUGGAGCUAUACCCACUUACCAAGCUGAUGCUAACUAUGGCGGUUCGUCAUCUGGCAGCCUUAACCCCCGUGGAUCGUGCCGGUGUUGUCAUAAACCUAGUCUGUCCUGGGCUGUGUAAGACCGAGAUAAGCCGUAACGCACCAGCUGAAGUGCAGGAAAGCGUUGCCGAAUUUGUUGCAAAGUGUGGGCGGACUGCAGAGGACGGUAGCCGCACGCUCCUCCAUGGAGCUGUGGCUGGUAUAGAGAGCCACGGAUGUUUUCUUUAUUCUUGUCAAAAUGGAGAGAAUUUAGUACCUCAAUGGGUGACAAAUGAAGAGGGGAGAAAAUGGCAGAGACAGAGCUGGGAAGUUAUAGCUAACGAAUUGGAGUCUAUGAGGACUGGCUGUGUCCAGGAAAUACUGAAUUGAACAUUGUGGAAUGCUAACAUUUUGGCCUGUGUUUCCGGGUAUGAAAGACUGUAUUCUACUUUGCCUACUGUUAUCGUAUCAUGUGCGAAUCUGAGGACUUGUUUCUCAUCAUUGUUCAUCCACAUAUGAAAAACAAAUCAAAUACAAAAAGGUUAGUAGAA